CCCCCCCCAGGUCGAUCGCCUGAAAUGAGGCUUUGCGCGCUGAUCCGCUCUCGGGCUUUAAAACAAAACCCGGCGCCGCGGCGCUGAGGCGGGACGGGGCGAAGCAGGAGCGCGCGGAGCGCGGCGGCGGCGCCCGCGGAAACUUCGCUCGGGAAACAAACCUCCAGCACUUUCCUGGGGAUCCACGUGAGAGCAGGAAAGCCCGACUGCAAGAUCCCAGCGUUGCUGCUGCAAUUUUACUUUUCGUUUGCCUUGAUUUUUUUUUGUUGUUGUUUUUUGUUUGUUCUUACUUUCAUUUUGGAACCGGUUCCCAGCUCCUCGGCUGAACUUCUGGAGAGCUAUGGACCUUUUAUAUCGCCUUCCUCUGUUUUAAACAAACUAUGGACGCUUAAACUUUUCUCUUUCCCCCUCCCCCUCGCUCCUUAACCCCCACCCGUCAGCUCAUGGGGCUAACGCUGCAAAGCAACCGCAGCAGAGGGAGAAAUACACAGCCACUGAUUUACUUCCCCAUCUCCUAACUUGCAGUUAAUUCUCCUCCUCCUCAUCACCCAUUCUCUCGAGCUCUUUGGCUGCCGAGGGCUGAUCUGUGCGUUGCUUUAUCUGAUCUCGAUUCUGUUGUUGUUGUUGUUUAAAUGCCGUGCGCUGCUUAUCUAGAGAGAAAGCUAUAUGGAGAUAGAGGCGUAUAGUGGAUGCGCGUGUGUUUCCAUACGACUAUCAAGGGAGCAGAUCAGAAGCAGCCCGGAUCCUGACCCUGACUGUAUGAAUAAGUAAGCAGGAUGCUGACGACUGUGUGUUAGUUGCCUUCGGCGCGGACAGCUGAGCCGUCCUCCUAGCCCGUCCGCACCCCGUCCGCCACCUCUGCCCGAGGGAGGAUGAAAAUGCUUUGCUGGAGGAUGGCACUGUGGCUGGCGGGGUGGACUUUCUGCGCGGAGCCUGCCUCCUGCUCUGGCCUCGAUUACGACUACACUUACGAUUUCACUGAGGAGGAUAAAGCCGAGGCGAUAGAUUAUAAGGAUCCCUGCAAAGCCGCUGUCUUUUGGGGAGAUAUUGCCUUAGAUGAUGAAGACUUAAAAAUCUUUCAAAUUGACAGGACAAUUGACCUUACGCAGCACUCCAAAGAAAGACUUGGCCAUAACACAGGUGGCUUUGGAGAACGUGGGAUAUCAAAAAAACGAGGUGCCCUCUAUCAACUUAUAGAGAGGAUACGAAGAUUUGGCUCUGGCUUUGAGCAAAAUAAUACAUCUAAAGGAAGAGCAACUGUAAAAUUCUCAGGGAAAAAUGAGAAAAACCGAUUUCCCAGAGCUGCUACAUCACGAACAGAAAGAAUAUGGCCAGGGGGUGUCAUUCCAUAUGUAAUAGGUGGAAAUUUUACUGGCAGCCAGCGUGCAAUGUUCAAACAGGCUAUGCGGCACUGGGAAAAGUAUACAUGUGUUACAUUUAUUGAACGAAGCGAUGAAGAAAGUUAUAUCGUAUUUACAUACAGACCCUGUGGAUGCUGUUCUUAUGUGGGUCGAAGAGGAAAUGGUCCUCAAGCUAUAUCCAUUGGCAAAAACUGUGAUAAAUUUGGUAUAGUUGUCCAUGAACUAGGUCAUGUGAUAGGUUUUUGGCAUGAACAUACACGGCCAGACCGAGAUGACCAUGUCACCAUCAUCAGAGAAAACAUCCAGCCUGGUCAGGAAUACAACUUCUUGAAGAUGGAGCCUGGAGAGGUGAACUCCCUUGGGGAACCAUAUGACUUUGACAGCAUUAUGCACUAUGCCAGGAACACCUUCUCAAGGGGCAUGUUUCUGGAUACCAUUCUCCCUUCCCGUGAUGACAAUGGUAUACGACCUGCCAUUGGCCAGCGUACUCGCCUAAGUAAAGGAGAUAUUGCACAGGCAAGAAAGCUGUAUAGAUGUCCAGCCUGUGGAGAAACACUGCAGGAAUCUAUGGGCAACUUUUCUUCUCCAGGAUUUCCGAAUGGUUAUCCUUCCUACACACACUGUAUAUGGCGGAUUUCCGUGACCCCAGGGGAAAAGAUUGUUUUAAACUUCACCACGAUGGACCUUUACAAGAGCAGUCUCUGUUGGUACGACUAUAUUGAAGUAAGAGAUGGCUACUGGAGAAAAUCACCUCUGCUUGGCAGGUUUUGUGGUGACAAACUGCCAGAAGUCCUCGCGUCUACGGACAGCAGAAUGUGGAUCGAGUUCCGCAGCAGCAGUAAUUGGGUUGGAAAAGGUUUUGCAGCAGUUUAUGAAGCUAUCUGUGGAGGUGAAAUCCACAAAAAUGAAGGCCAGAUCCAGUCUCCCAAUUAUCCUGAUGACUACAGACCAAUGAAGGAAUGUGUGUGGAAAAUAACAGUGUCAGAAAACUACAAUGUUGGAUUAACCUUUCAAGCAUUUGAGAUUGAAAGACAUGACAACUGUGCAUAUGACUACUUGGAAAUUCGAGAUGGAAUGAAUGAGAACAGCCCUUUGAUUGGCCACUUUUGUGGCUAUGACAAGCCAGAAGACAUUAGAUCUACCUCUAAUACCCUGUGGAUGAAGUUUGUUUCUGAUGGAACAGUUAACAAAGCAGGGUUUGCUGCUAACUUUUUUAAAGAGGAAGAUGAAUGUGCCAAACCUGACAAUGGUGGUUGUGAGCAGCGUUGUGUAAAUACUCUGGGCAGUUACCAGUGCGCCUGUGAUCCUGGCUAUGAACUUGGUCCUGACAAAAAGAGUUGUGAAGCUGCUUGCGGAGGACUUCUGACAAAGCUAAAUGGGACUAUAACCACACCAGGGUGGCCCAAAGAAUAUCCUCCAAACAAAAACUGUGUGUGGCAGGUGGUUGCCCCGACGCAGUACCGAAUUUCAAUGAAGUUUGAGUUUUUUGAGUUAGAAGGGAAUGAAGUUUGUAAAUACGAUUAUGUGGAGAUUCGUAGUGGCCUUUCUUCUGAUUCCAAACUACAUGGUAAAUUCUGCGGUACAGAAGUGCCUGAAGUUAUCACCUCACAGUACAACAACAUGCGAAUUGAGUUCAGAUCUGACAACACUGUGUCAAAAAAAGGCUUCAAGGCUCACUUCUUUUCAGACAAGGAUGAGUGUUCGAAGGACAACGGCGGCUGCCAGCACGAGUGCAUCAACACGGUGGGAAGCUACGUUUGUCAGUGCCGCAAUGGGUUCGUGCUGCAUGAGAACAGACACGACUGCAAGGAGGCUGAGUGUGAGCAGAGGAUCCAUAGUCCUAACGGGAUCAUCACGAGUCCUAACUGGCCUGACAAAUAUCCCAGCAGAAAGGAGUGCACGUGGGAAAUCAGUGCCACCCCUGGGCAGAGAGUCAAAUUAACUUUUAAUGAAUUUGAGAUAGAACAACACCAAGAAUGUGCUUAUGACCACUUGGAAGUGUUUGAUGGUGAAACCGAAAAAUCACCAAUUCUGGGACGCUUAUGUGGCAAUAAGUUACCGGAUCCUCUUAUUGCUACUGGAAAUAAAAUGUUCAUCCGAUUUAUUUCUGAUGCAUCGGUUCAAAGAAAAGGCUUCCAAGCAACACACUCCACAGAGUGUGGUGGUCGGCUGAAAGCUGAAACCAAGCCCAAAGAUCUGUACUCUCAUGCUCAGUUUGGCGAUAACAACUACCCGGUUCAGGCGGACUGCGACUGGCUGCUGGUGGCAGAGCGCGGCUGUCGGGUCGAGUUAUCGUUUCAGACUUUUGAGGUUGAAGAGGAGGCAGAUUGUGGUUAUGACUACGUGGAGCUCUUUGAUGGUCAUGAUAAGUCAGCUAUGAGACUUGGUCGAUUUUGUGGGUCUGGGCCACCAGAAGAAAUUUAUUCAGCGGGGGAAGCCAUUUUACUCCACUUUCAUACUGAUGAUACAAUCAACAAGAAAGGAUUUCAUAUACGAUACAGAAGUAUAAAAUAUCCAGAUAGCAUGCAGACCAAAAAAUAACACAAGAACCUCUCUGCCAGAAAAUGAGAGCAAGGAAGAAAGAACGCACAGUGGGAAGGAAGGAAGGAAGGAAGGCUUGCCUUUUUUUUCUUUUUUUUUUUUUUAACUGAAAUUAUUAGCACAAAUUUUUUUAUGAGUUCAGUUGGAAUGACGACUUAUAAGACCAGAAAAAAAAAGUUUACCUAUCCCAGUGGAAUAGAUAUGAUGACAAUGUGCAGCCUCCAUACUUGACUGUCUUUGCAAAGCUGGUGAAAGGACUUUGCAUGCUUCCAGGGAGAAUAUAAAAGCUUUUGUUCAUGGCUUGACGCUUGUCAUGGAUGUCUGUGGAAUCAGUCAGUUAAAUUCAGGGGAAGUGACCCUGCAGACUGUUUUUCCUUCUGAUAAUUGUAUGGUGUCCAGGAGAAAAAAAGCUCUUUCAGGUCACACACUCAAAAUACUGUCUUUAUAUUUCAUUCUGGUUCCUUUGAUUUUGUAUCUUGGAUACAAUGUGUACAAAGACAUGUAAGAAGAUAUGAAAUGGGGCGGUCUUCCUAUGUUUUUCUGUGUUUUUUAUGGAUUCAUCUGUCAUAUCAGGUUAUCAGUGUUUUGAAACUGGAAAAUGGUAUUUCUGAAACAUAAAUGAUUUUAGAGCAUUUUGUUUUACUAACGGUUAAGUCUGAACUGUUACAGUGGUCAUCACUAGCUGAAGACUCAAUUUGAAUAAUGUAAGCGUCUGAAAAUGUUAGGUUUACUGAUUAAGUAAGCUAUCUCUGAUGAUGUGCUCUUAUUUUGCACUGAACAAAGAAAGAGACUGAGAUAAAAACCUGUAUCCAUGAGAAACAAUCAAGAAUCAUCUGAAACUCCUCCUACUGAUUUUGUUUUCAGCAGUAAUUUUGGAACUGCUACUAAGCUUUAUUUCUUCAGACCUCUUUGUUGAAUGAGUUAAUUGUCUGUUUUAGCUGAUCAGAAAUGAAGCUACAGUAGUAUCCAAGAGAGAGGUUUCCCAAAGAGUUGAGAGAACAGGAGCAUUUGUUUCCUGGGAAUAAGAGUAUUUGUGAUGGCAAAAAAACCAACACAACAGACCCAGGAUUUGUUAUCAAGAGUGAAUUCCUAUGGUGCUAUUCCAUGAACAUUAAAAACAAAAACAAACCAAGAAGUUUUAGACUUUUGAGCCAACAUCUUGCAGAUCAUGAAUGUCUCACUAUGCCUGGCUGCAUCUGAAGAAUGAAGACUUACUGCUCCAACGAAGAGCUCAUUGCAACAGCAGCACUAGUCCUGUGGAACAACUACUAUUAUUGCCUUAGAAAUCUCGCACAUGAUCAAACAGAUCUUCCUGUAGAUACACCUUUAAUUUGAUAAAUAAUUUGAUGACUUGGAUGUUUUAACAUAUGCUAACAAAAGAAUCUUUGAGCAAAAACCCCAUCUGCAGAGCAAGAUCAUCUGCUGUAAAUAGUGACCUGCUUUUGAUGUAGAAAUAUGUUACGUUUAGAACUGAAAUAUUCUAUGUGCUUUAGGCCAUACGUGGCUUUAGUCAUAAUGUAUAUGCAUUCUGUAAUUAUUGUAUGAAUGAGUGCUCUGGGAGAAUGAGAGUUACUGUAUGGGUGAAAACUGAAUUGUUUCUUUAUGUGCCAAGUUCUAUCAGGACCCUGUUUGACUGUAGCAACUUUUCUUUAAAGGCUUCAUAGACAGAUAAUGAGGACUUGUAGUUGGCAAGAAUCAAGCUAAAAUGAAGUAUUAUGUUUCACUUACAAAAAAUAUUAUUUUGGUAUCCUCUGAUGUAAGUUGCUACUCAGAUUAGCUUAGUUUCUGUUACCUUACUAUGAACAUACGUUGGCACUAAUAAAUCUGAUUUUUUUUACAAAAAUAAAAGCAAAAAGUCUGUA